UUGCACCUCCCGGCCCGAGGAGGCAGCAGAGCCCGCAGACCCCGAGCUGAAGAAUGACGUCACUGGAGCAGGACACGCGUAUGUGUGUGUGUAACGAGGAAGUGGAACAUCCUAGAGAGUUCUGUCUGGGAUAUAUUGCGAUAUUUUGUGUUUUGCAUAUAUCAAAACAAAGCCCCUAAACAGCUGCGAAGUCAUGCCUUUCAAAAAAAAUGGAAUUCCUGACAGGUGGACAGACUAUACAGCAGUGGGGAAACGGAUCCCUGGAACACGUUUUAUUGCCUUCAAAGUUCCUCUAAAAGAGUCUUUGAGUAAUCGUUUAACACAAAUGGAAGCCUUUGGGCCAUUUGAUCUUGUAAAUAUGUUGGAGAAGGAAGGCCAAGAGUUGGGGCUUAUCAUUGAUCUUACCUUCACAACUCGAUACUACAAACCAGUGGAUUUGCCCAACACACUACACUACUUGAAGAUUUUCACAGCGGGACAUGAAGUGCCGAGUGAUGCCACAAUUCUCAGCUUCAAGAAGGCUGUCAGACAUUUUCUGCGUGAGAAUGAAGAUAACGAUAAACUGAUAGGUGUUCAUUGCACUCAUGGUUUAAAUCGCACUGGCUACCUUGUAUGUCGAUACCUUAUUGAUGUUGAUGGGAUGAAGCCCCGAAAAGCGAUUGAUUUGUUUAAUGAGUCAAGGGGACACUCAAUAGAAAGGCAGAACUAUCUAGAUGACUUGAUGGCGAGACCCAAGAGAAGUAAUGAGGGUAUAGAGGAACCAGACCAAGAACCCGUUCUGGGCUGUUUAAGCCUGACACAAGAUCCUCCUUCUCAUCAAAGUGAACGACAUAAUUAUGCUUCUUUUAAUGGUCAAAGACCUCACCCAGGCCACAGAGGACACCAACCUCAAUUUUUCCCAAAUAACAGUAUGAUGCGGUUCGGACCCCCACAGCAGCUCCGUCCCCCCUUGUUCUCUACUCCACCGCCAGGAAUAAGGUUUAUGAGACCUCCACAUUUCAACCAGAGCUUCAGAGGGCACCACAUGAGGUUCGAUGAUUCAUGGGAAGACCCACAUGCACUUCCUUUUGCUUUUCCUGCAGAAGGAUGUUCUGGACCCCAAGGGCCCCGCAGAAAAAACCGACAUAGGUUUAGGAAAGGUGCAAAAGAUCAGACUCCACGUGGAAAUGCAGGAGACUUUCAUUAAUUAAGAAAACCACUAGACUGUGCUACAUUCUGUACACAAACUGUAAUGGGUCUUGUUUAUUCGUCCUUUGUGUGGUGGAACUGUUUCUGUGGUUCAGUCUUUGAAAGCAGCCUUUACCAGCUGACAGGUUUGAUAUGUUGGUUAGGGAGUUUAAUUUAUUUUUUUACCUGCAACUGUCUUAUUUUAUCAGACACAUCUUAGUCACAUAAUGCAAUCUAAUGCCAUUUAAAAGAGCUGUAGUUUGUUCAUAUAAUGUGAUGACAUUCAUGAAGGCCUUUUGUAACCUGCUUUUAUGCCACCAAAUGCUUUGUUUUCAGCAUUAAAGCUGAAACGUCUGGCAAAUGUUAUGGAGUGUUUUUAAAAAAAUAAUCUUGUGUGUUGGUGUUUGGCCUCUGACUUAUUUGGUUAACGCUGGAUGACCAUACUGUGAGGUUUAUAUGGAAAUAUUAAACACUAAAGUGCAAUUAAAGGAGUUUACCUUUAUUUUUUAGCAGAAAUAUUUUGAUUUUCAUUUAGCUUUGUAUCAUAUUGAAUCGCAUUGUUUGGCCAUUAAAGUGUUUUAUGUGACCUGAGAGACAGGUUGAGAGAGACUUUUAUUGUCAUAAAAGUGUAGAAAAUCUAAUUAAAUAAGGUUUA